AUGUCGACCCUUAACUUUGCGCUGAAGAACCAAACCGGUUCCAAUACGGUUUAUGCCUACAUCACAGGCCAGGCGAUUGACAAUAACAAUGCACUCGUUCUUCUGCAAGCUGAUGGUACCACAGCCUAUUACCCAACUUCGCCGUCAUCAACUGGGACGGCGCUCGCGGUUGACUGCGCCAUUCCACUCGGUGCAUCGGGCAGCACGAAGACGGUGACAAUCCCGCAUAUUGCGGGAGGGCGAAUUUGGUUUUGCCGCGAUAGUAAACUGACUUUUUACCUAAACCCUGGCCCGGCGCUUGUGGAGCCUUCUUCCUCCAACACAUCAGACGUGAAUUAUAACUUGUACUGGGACUUUUGCGAGUUCACCUGGAACAGUUCCCAACUUUAUGUGAACAUUACCUUUGUUGACUUCGUGUCGCUGCCCAUCGCCCUGGCACUGACAAAUACAUCUGGGACCACGACGACUGUUCAGGGUCUCCCAUCCAAUGGGCUGGAUACCAUUUGCACUGCACUGAAAACGCAAAACAACAGUGAUAGUGCCGGCUGGGACAAGCUGAUCAUCACCAAGAAUGGGGCAAACUUGCGUGCGGUCUCGCCCAACAACGGCAUCAACCUGAACAGCUCCUUGUUUUCAACCUAUUACGAUGCCUAUGUCGACUCCGUUUGGUCCAAGUAUGCCAGCGCCACGCUGACAGUCAACACACAAGGAGAUGCUGGAGAUGUCACCGCGACGGUCUCUAAUGGCACAUUAAACUUCUCCACCGGUAACAUCUCGUAUUCGCAGCCCUCGACGGCCGACAUUUUCAGCAAUAGCUCUGGUGCCUUCGCUAGUACAGGCAAUAGCACGAAGGACGCCAUCACCGCUCGUCUGGCCGCUGCCUUCAAUCGCUCGACAAUGUUGACCGUCACCAACCAACCGAACGGAGGCACCGUGUCCAACUACUACCAGAAUGCCGUGACGAACCACUAUUCUCGGAUCUGCCAUGCCACCACCCUCGACGGUCGGGGAUAUGCAUUCCCCUACGACGACGUGGCGCCAACCAACGGAACAGACCAGUCCGGUAGUGUUUAUGAUUCCAACCCCAAGCUUCUGACAGUCACAGUGGGCGGUUCAUCCAGCAGCAGCUCCUCGACCAAGAAGACUACGAAUCAGGACCAGACCGCGCCGUCCCAGGACAACCAGACGAACACCCGGUUUGCUGGUCUCAAGAAAGUGCUCAGCAAGCUGUCCUGCAUGAAGUGA